AUUCAAAAAUCUGUAAAUUCCUGAAAAUGAACAAUCAAACCCGAGAGCAGUGAAAUCUUACAAACCAUUAAUGAGGAUGCGAGCGUGUGGCCUCUUAAUUAAAAGAUCUCUCUCGUUCUACAAGGGGAUUAUACCAUUAACAGAUGCUCGCUGGCAACUCGAUUCGACCGAAGCAUAACUCACGGCAGCCGCCCGGCAAUCAUUCCACUCCACACGCGUCAGAGAGCGAGACGAGCAUUCAGGCCAUCUCCAGGCCGACAUCCUGGCAUCCCGCUCGUAUUUCCGGUGUGCGCGCGCUCGCAACGAUUGUGAUAGCUACGCACAAAAAAGAUGUCUGCUCGCUAAUGUUUGUUUGGGGAAAUUUGCUUACAUUUGCUUACAAGAAGAGCCAACCCGAGAGCCCGAGCCCGACCCCGAGCCCGAGCCAGGGCUCAAACCCGAACCAAGUACAAAUAAUAAAUAAUAAAUGAGGCGUGUGCAGACCGUUUAUAAUGUCUGACAAGGCAAAAGUUGAUGAUGUUGUGUACGAGAUGCAACCGUCCGAUAAUGAAAUCUAUUCCCGCUGAUGCUGGCCAAGUUAAAGCCGUCUCGAUUUCGCUUUUGCUUUUGCGUUUGGGGGAAACUUUAAGCCAGAGACAGUGGAAGUCGCACGUUGUGUGGCAUAAAUUUCGUUGGCAUAAAUCAAAAUUCAGCAACUUCCGACGAGGGCAGAGUGCAAAAAUUUGCAUGCCCUGUGCUUCUGCCUCUGCCCGUGCCAGUGCUUGUUCCCGGGGCUAACUGCAGACUGGCCAAAAAGGACACAGCUAACAAUGGUCUGCACUCUCUGCUUUACCCUCUACCCCCUCUAUGGACAUUAGAAAUGCACGCUCAAAUGGCUGCCACCCACGCACAGUACGGCCCAGCACUCAUACGCAACGUUGGCCUAGUCUAAAGGGCAGGACUGUACUCGAACUCGUACUCGUACCCGUACACACAAUAAAUAACAAGCCAGAUAAUUAUGCACGUCGUGCCUAUAUCUAAAGGAGCCCCACUUGUCCUCUCCAACCAGCCACCACUAUUAAUUAUGCUGGCAAAAAGAGCGUGAGGCCUGAGAGGGAGAGGGAGAGGCAGAGGGAGAACUGCCAAAACGUGUUGGAGCCUUGGCAAUUAGAGCGGUUGUUUGGCCCAAGAGGCCUCUUAAAAUUGCAGUCUUUAAUUGUGGGCCAGGCGUUAUGAUUUAUGAAUAUCUUUCCGUAGCUCUGUAGUUUGCUAUGAGAGUCAAGUGGAAUCCAUUGUUCAGCCAACAGCCAGCCAUUGAGGCUUCUCAGGCUUGCGCCAUGUACGAGAACUCGUGUUCGUAUCAGACGGCGCUGGACCUGAAGCGUGUCUCGCCACCGACACUCGCCCAGGUGAAGACCGAGGACUGCCUGACGCUGGGGCAGUGCUCGCCGGACUGGACCUCGUACCGCUUCCAUCAGUCCACCUUUGAGCAGCUGAAGCAGAGCGUGGAGAAGGCCAAGGCGGCGCUGCAGGAUCGCAGCAGUUUCUUCGGGGCCACCAGUGCGUUCAGUGACAUUUACUCCAGCCAGCGCCUGACAGACAGCCUCGACACCCUGCCCGUUCAGACCGGGAAUGGAGCUGGCAAUUGCCUGGGUUUGCCGCACAAUCACGGCCCUGGUGUCGGUGUGGGCGUCGGCGUUGGUGUGGGCGUGGGUGUAGGCGUGGCCGGAGUGCUCAACUACAAUGCGGUGACUAGCAGUACGGCCGGAGUGAGCAGCAGUGUGCAGCGCCAUCGUCUGGAUACAUUGCAGCCACCCGCUGGGUGUUCGCCCGCCGGCACACAGCAUGGCGUCAUCACGUCCAGUGCUGGCCAGGUCACAUCCGGCACUUUGGAUGCGGUUAGUGCGGCACCGGCAUUGCCAUCGCUAACGGCGUCCAGCACAUCCCAUGUGGAGCACAAAGUCCGAGCAGAUAAAUCCUCGCUGGACUGCGCCACAACAUCCUCGCACUCCGCCGUGCCCUCGUCCUCGUCCGCCUCCAGCGACCAGCAUCAGCAGCAGCAGGGCAGGCACAGCGGAAGUAAGAGCAGCAGCAGCAGCGCCGGUGGUGCAGGAGGAGGAGGCGGUGUCGGUGUCGGUGUCGGUGUCGGUGGAACAACAGCAGGAGCAGGCAGCUCGGCACUGUAUUCCUCCUACAAAUCGUCGUGGGGUUCCCACAGUUCGACCCAAUCGCAAGGCUACAGUUCCAAUGCCUUGAGCAUCAAACAUGAUCCGCACUCGCAACUACGGCAACCUGAUCCAUAUCAAAUGUUCGGACCCACCAGCAGCAGGCUGGCCAGCUCAGGCUCCGGACAGAUACAAUUAUGGCAAUUCCUGCUCGAACUGCUGUCGGACUCGAACAACGCCAGCUGCAUCACCUGGGAGGGCACCAACGGGGAGUUCAAGCUCACAGAUCCCGAUGAAGUGGCCCGUCGCUGGGGCGAGCGCAAGUCCAAGCCGAACAUGAACUACGACAAACUGAGUCGCGCCUUGAGAUAUUAUUACGACAAGAACAUCAUGACCAAGGUGCACGGCAAGCGGUAUGCGUACAAAUUCGAUUUCCAAGGCCUGGCAGCUGCCACGCAGCCUGCGGCCAGCGAUCCCACCUACAAGUAUCAGAGCGACUUGUUCAUGACACCAUAUCAUCACAGCGCCAAGCUCAGCUCGUUCAUGAGUCCCCACCAUGGCAUGACCUCGUCAUCGGCUUCCAUCUUCCCGUCGGCUGCCUCGUGGGGCAACUGGGGCAGUCCGGCCACGAAUCUAUAUCAGCCGCACUCGAUGAGCCAUGUGACGCCUUCUCAUGUGGCGCCGCAUCUGAGCAGCUAUCCCCACUACGCAUGACCAUCAUCGUCCGGUGGC